AUGGCUCUACACGUCUCUACUACGCGAGCGGACGACUAUGGAUCGUUGCAAUCUUCGUCUCUACAUUCACGAACAUGGACGCAUAAACCUCCGACUCUUGGCGUCGCCGACACUCAGUACCUACUCGAGACGCUCUCAGCUGCUCUGAUGGAAGCACAUCUCUCAGACAAUCCCCUCGAGCAUGACGUUGUGCACAAACACUGCAGCCCAGACUUCCGCAUGUUCAGCGAGAACGUACACGAAUGCUCAUUCCCUCAAACUCGCAACCUGCAUGAGCAUCUGGCGAAUAUUAAAGAUCUGAAGGAAGCCAAUCCGCAGUGGAAGAAAGACUGUCAGAACUACUCGGCAACAAUCCAGGAAGGCGCAGAUCAUGCUAUUGUCUGGUUCACCACGAUGGGAACUGGCGGACCUGUGGGAUGUAGCACAAAACGCGAGAGCAUCAGCCGACUUUGGUGGCGCCGUCGAGAGACUGAUGGGGUAUGGGAGACUUAUCAGCAGAGGUGUAUACGAGGACCUGGGAAUCUUUUCGCGCAGUCGUGA